AUGACAAGCCCGUCUCAUGGUUUUAUGGUGGAAACCUCACUGCAAUCGCACGGGACAGCGGCUGCCAGUGACUUGCAGCAGCCUCCUAUGGCUGCCUGCACGUUCCAGCAGUCUCGGACAAGUUUCAGCAGCCUCCCAUGGCUGCCAGUGCGUUCCAGCAGCUCCUCGGCGAGUUCCAGCAGGAGCCUCCCAUGGCUGCUAGCGAGUUCCAGCAACCCCCCGUGGCUGCCCAUGCCAUACAACCACCUCCAGUAG